CUUUCACGUUGGCUGUGGCUGCAUGUCUUUCUCAUAACAUGCAAGCGACUCCCACUUUUCUAUAAAUCAGCGCAAUAAUGACCUGCUUUACAGAGCGCACGGCGGCUGUGCUGUGCUGCCCCCCCAAACUGCAGGGGACGCUUUAAAAAUAUCACCACGGUACUUCACAGCACGUUCCUAAUGUCAGCGCAAUGAACACCCAUGAAAGGAUAUUCAAAUAUGGAGGCCGGUGAUAUUUCGGCUGAAUUACAGUUUAGAUUUUCAAAGCGUGUGGAUUUCAAAGGGGUCGGCGAUGCAGCUGGAGAAAAAUAAAGAAACUUUAGUUAUGUUUAACAGCACAAUGAACUAAUAUUUCAUUCCCACAGUGAAUGAAUGCAAUCAUAAACGCAGUAUUGAAUGAUGAAUGAAGGUUAGUUAAAACCGUGUGGAACAUUUGACACAUGCACACGUACACGCGCUUCUUCACUUCUUCAUUUACAUUGAAAGUUAUUAUUAUCAUCAUUAGCAGCAACUCCAUCCUCCGUAUGAUCCAAUACAAAAGCCAUACAAAUUAUAUAUAUAUUUUUUGAAAGGUAUUAGUAAUAUCUAUAAAAAUAACAGCCAGGAUAGCAACAAUAAAAACAGAUAUAAAUGAAAUAAAAAAUUAAACACAAUAUAAAAUACAAUAAAUAACAUCAAUGAUUCUUAUGAUUAAAUUAACAUAUUUAAUUAACGAGUGUAUUUUGUAAGGUUUAUUCAUUCAUUUUUUAAAUAACUAAUGGUGGCAAGCUAUUGUUAAAUCAAAAAAAUAUGAUUAUUCUGAUAGUUUACAGUAUUUUUGAUGGCGCAACAAAAAAAACCCCGUUCCAUCGCGCUGCGAGUGCGCAUGCGCGGUCCCCCGUUGAAAACCCCACGCGUGCCUCUCUCGACUGCUGUCGGCCCGCUGAUGCUCACACUGACAACACCACGCCGGAACCGAACCUAGCGAUGGCUCCUCACCUCUUGCCGCGGUUCUGACCUGCUACCGAGCGGCCCGGAGGGAGCAUGGCCGGCUAUGACACACUUUACUCGGGUUGGGAGAAGCCCUGGCGAGCCGCGCUGCCGAGCGGCUGAAUUCCACACAAUAAGAGGCUGCUUCACCCUCCUCCUCCUCCUCCUUUCUGUCCUGUUUGCAUCGGAACACACCCCACGAGAGAUGAUCACGGAGCUGCUGUGCAGCGCCGUGGCCGUGGGUGUGUACGUGAACACGCUGGACGCUGACUUCUGCUACGAUGACAGCCGAGCCAUCAAGACCAACCAGGACCUCCUCCCAGAGACCCCAUGGACCAACAUCCUGUACGACGACUUCUGGGGUACCCUGCUCACCCACAGCGGCAGCCACAAGUCCUUCCGCCCGCUCUGCACCCUCUCCUUCCGCCUCAACUACGCCCUGCAUGGCCUGCGCCCCCGGGGCUACCACCUCCUCAACGUAGCGCUGCACGGCCUGGUCACGGCCGCCUUCACCGCCUACAGUCGCCCACUGCUGGGGGGAGGACUGUGGAGUCUGCUGGCCGGUCUCCUGUUCGCGACCCACCCGGUGCACACGGAGGCGGUGGCCGGCGUGGUGGGCAGGGCAGACGUGGGGGCUGCCUUGUUUUUCUUGCUGUCUCUUCUCUCCUAUGCGAGGCACUGCGGGCUGCGGGGGACGCUCCACACCCGACGGAGCUGCUGGGCGUGGAUGCUGGGCAGCCUGUGGGGCGCGGCAGCGAGCAUGCUUUGGAAGGAGCAAGGGGUGACGGUGCUGGCUGUGUCGGCCGUCUACGACCUCUUCGUCUUCCACAGGCUCACCUUCCGUCAGGCGCUGCUGCUCCCGCUCAGAAAGAAGAAGAACCCAAAGCUUCUCCUGAGCCUGUGCGUUCUGGCGUGCUGGGGCGUCAUCCUGCUGUCAGGUCGUAUCUACUGGAUGGGCAACAAGCCUCCCAACUUCUCCAACUCGGACAACCCUGCCGCCGACUCCCUGCAUCUCCUCACUCGGAUGCUGACCUUCCUCCACCUGCCUGCCGCCAACGCCUGGCUGCUCCUCUGUCCCGAUAAGCUGAGUUUUGACUGGUCCAUGGACGCGGUGCCCUUGGUGAGGUCCUUGGCUGACUGGAGGAACCUCCACACGCUUGGAUUUUAUGGUGCGUUGGUCCUCCUUGCUUGGUUUGGCUUUCAUGGCCCUACUUCUAAAGGAAAGGAGGACGGGGAAUGUGUCACCAAUGGGAAUGGCUACCACGCCCUCGACACCAACCAAAGCACCAACUUGUGUCCACCAAAGGUGAACCUCAAUGGCUCAGGCGGACUUCACAUCAAGCCUCCUCGGAUGUCUCUCCCCCCGACAGAAAACCUUGUCAUCUUCUCACUAGCCUUACUGUCACUACCUUUCCUUCCGGCAUCCAACUUGUUCUUUUACGUGGGCUUUGUCAUUGCUGAGAGGGUUCUGUACAUCCCCAGUGUAGGCUUCUGUUUGCUGGUGGCCACCGGUGCAAGAACUUUGUAUGUUAGACUCAGGAGAAAAGGCUUCAAGGCUUUGCUGCUGGCUUUUUGUUCGGGGUUGGUGCUGCUGAAUGGGCUGAGAACCAUUCAAAGGAACAAGGACUGGAGCAACGAGGAGAAGCUCUACAAGUCUGGGAUUAGUGUCAACCCUGCCAAAGCCUGGGGCAACUUGGGUAACGUGCUGAAGAGCCAAGGCAAGAUGGCAGAGGCGGAGAAAGCCUACAGAAACGCUCUACACUACAGGAGCAACAUGGCCGACAUGCUGUAUAACCUGGGUUUGCUGCUGCAGGAGAACCAGAGGUUUCCCGAGGCGCUUCACUAUUACAAAAAGGCCAUCGGGAGUCGGCCCACGCUGGCAUCGGCCUACCUGAACAUGGGCAUCAUCUUGAUGAACCGGGGCAGCCUGGAAGAGGCCAAGCGGACGUUUGUGACUUGCGCCGACAUCCCCGACGACAACCUGAAGGACCCCCACACCCACAAGAGCUCGGUCACCAGCUGCCUGUACAACCUGGGCAAGAUGCUGCACGAGCAGGGCCGGCAGGAGGUGAGCCGCCGGAGCGCCUGGCCGCCACCACGCCUGCUAAAUGGCUUUUUCUCUCUGCCGCAGGACGCCAUUUCUGUUUACAAGCAGGCAGUGCAGAGGAUGCCCAGACACUUUGCACCACACAGCCUCUUUAACAUGAUGGGAGAAGCCUACAUGAGGCUGGACAGGCUGGAGGAGGCGGGCCGCUGGUACAAGGAGUCCCUCAGGGCCAAACCAGACCACAUCCCGGCCCACCUCACUUACGGCAAACUGCUGUCCAUCACGGGUGAAAGGACGGAGGCGGAAAAGUACUACCUGAGAGCCAUCGAGCUGGACCCCCUGAGGGGAAGCUGCUACAUGCACUACGGCCAGUUCCUCCUGGAGCUCUCGCGACUCCCCGAGGCGGCGGAGAUGGCGGAGAGAGCGGCCGAGUUGGACGGCUCAGAGUUUGAUGUUGUCUUCAGCGCGGCGCACAUGCUCAGGCAGGCCAGCCUGAACGAGGCGGCAGAGAGGCAGUACAAGCGAGCAGCCGGCCUCAGACCGGACUACCCGGCCGCCCUCAUGAACCUCGGCGCCAUCCUGCACUUGAACGGAAGGCUGUCGGAAGCCGAGGCCAACUACCUGAGAGCCCUGCAACUCAAACCCGACGACGCCAUCACCCGCUCCAACCUACGCAAGCUGUGGAACAUCAUGGAGAGGCAAGGCCUGGCCACCAGGAAGCUGGAAGAGCUUCCAUAACAACCUUCUGGUCCUGCCAGAGGAGGAGCUUUGCGGUGCGCCUCGGCGUGCGUCAGCAGAUGACUCAAAGCAAAGUCGCUGCUUUCAUCAAGUCGUGAAAUCCACUGACUUUUCCUGACAGGACCUCAAUGAGGUGUUGAAAUGAAGAAUGAAGUGACUCCUUUGGCUGCUUAUUGUCUACAAAAACAACAGUGACUGCCCUCUACUGGUGAUGUUUGACGUGUCACUGAGGUGCAGUGCACAGAAAAACAACGCAAACAAACACAACGUGGUGCCAAAGCCUGUACGCCUUUUGUGCCCGCUAACAAGUCCAAUCAUACGGCGCCUUGCAGACCUCGUCACCCCGCCCACAACUUCACUUUUCACAGUCACAGCCGCGCUCCAAAAUGGAUUCAAUUCAUUUUUACCCCUCAAAAUUCUACGCAAAAUGCUCCGCUGUGGCAAAGUGGCAAAAAUGUUUCAGAAAUGUUUGCAAAUUUGUCUAAAAUGAAAAACUGAAGUAUUAAAAAUGCACGCAUUUUCACAGACCCUUCACAUUUUACACUUACCUCUACAGCAGACCCCCUCUGGGGGGGUCAGUUCACGAGAAAAGCACAACGAAAAUAUGACAAGAUAUUGCAAUUGUCUAACAUCAUUUCUACUACGUUACACUCUUCUGCACGCUGUGUGUGCAUGCUAAUGGCCCCGCCUCCACCCACCAACACAGAGAGACUGUAUGACUGACAAAAGCGCACGCACACGGCAAUAUAUCGAGGCCGGCAAAAUGAUCCAGUUCAUUUUCAUUUAUUGUGUGAUUCAUUCAUUUAUUUUUUAUCAUCCCACUCAAAAAAAAGUCAAAUAAAGCAACACCGUAUUGAAUACACGUUUUUAUUUUGACUGAAUUUGCAAAAAUCAAAAACAACAUUUCUCCCUUUCUCAUUCUGGGUAUUUUUCGUCAAAUUUUCAGGGUAAAUCAUUGAGUUCAUACAAUGUGGAAUAUGGCUGUAAAUGGGGGGGCGGUGCUGACUUACUUCUUCUGCAAGGCACCGUGUGCGUGUCGUUUGUCGUUUGGGAUGCACUCACGUGAUCAAACUUUAUUUAUUAGUUGAUGCUGUUUAUGUUUGUCUAGUCAAAGCCAUCGUGAUGUCAGCAAUUGUUUUAGAAACUCAAGCCUAACCUUUUCUCGUUUUUGACAUGGUAAACAAGUCACGCAUUGAUCAGACCGCCCUCUUGUGGACAGUUGGUGAAGUGAUCAACUAUUCAGACCUUAAAUUAUCAGCAACUAACACAAAAAGGCAGUCAGUCACUCUGAAAUGUUCUGUACUCACAAAAUGUUACAUUCGAUGUAUUUCAUGGGUUGUGCUGUCUAAAUUAUACCAAGUGUGGUGUUUUGUAGGAACCUUUUGUCCAGAGUAAAAAGAAAAAAAUGACCGAAUGUUGUUUUUCAUGA